AUGGCAAUACGCGACUGCCAGCGGUUGACACCACGGUCGUAUGCGCCGUGCGUUGCCUUGGGUCUGGGUCUUGCGAACGGGACGUAUGCCGAGGAACUAGUGUACCCCGAUUUCAGCAUCCCGAUCCCGGCCUUCUUGAACAACGAGCACAAGGACGUGUGGCUCCAAGGCGCGCACCGGGGCCUCGAUCGCGCGACGUACCAAGACCGAGACGGCGAGCGGCUGCUCUAUAGAGGCCAGCAUGGGCAGAACUUUGUGUUUCACAAUGUCGAGUUUAAACAGGAGAUGAACAUUGACGCGUGGGGUGGGGAGGGAUGUAUGGAGCGGGCAGCCAAACUGCAGCGUGUCGAGCCUAUCCACCCGGCUCCGGCACCUCAGACGGCGGUCAUCGUCGUCAACACUCCAGAUUCGUGGUCAUUCCAACAUUUCCUCGACAGAGCAUCCCACGUCAUUACCCAGGCAGCCCACCUGUCAUACAACAAGCCCACGCCGAAAGUCCUCACAGGUAGGCGGCCCUCUGGGCCAGUGAGCGCGCUCUGGGACCGCAUGGGGUACUCGGACCGCGUCCACGAAACGCGAACGCAAACGCACGCCAUCCAGGCAGCGUCGCUCAUCUGGCCGUGUCGCUCGGUCCUCAUCCACCCCUAUCUCUCCUGGAGAAUCGCGGAGAUGAUGCGCAUGCCGUGGGCGCUAAACACCUCGUUUAAUUCGAGUAAAAAGAAAACGGUCAUGUACAUGUCACGUUCGGCUCACACCUUGAACGGUGGUCGGAACGUUGUCAACGAGAAGGAGGUCAUCGAGGCCAUCACCGCGGCGCUCGAACAACGUGGCCAGGGCGAGACGAUCGAACUGUUCGACCAAGACAAGUACAGCGACCCGCAGGCCGCCAUCGACCACUUCUCCAACAAUGUGCUUGCGGUCGUCGGCCCACACGGCGGAGCGCUAAUGAACCACCGCUUUGCGGGUCCUGGAACGCUCGUGCUAGAGUUCCUCCCGACAUCGCGGCUCGAAUGGCUCAACUUUGAAGAAGCGAGUUUGCUCAAGCAGACGUAUGCGACCAUCAUCGUCGACCCCGUGGCAGGCAACACGGGAGACAUGGUGGUCAACCCCGACGACGUGGUCGAGAUGCUGGCACGCCACCUCGGCGUGGCAUCGAAAGAAACGGUGGCACAGAUUUACCCGUGGGAUGUAUAG